AUGAUUGUUUUCCAAAUUCAGGCUUGGUUAUUAUCGGAUUCAGUGCCGCGAAAUGAUUUUGUAUCAGCGAAUCGUGAGGGUAUCUACUCACUACUAGGCUAUUUGGCAUUGUAUUAUUUGUCGUCAGUGUUGGGAUCGUUUAUUUCAUCGACGGGAAUUCGUUUAAAAUCGUGGAUCUAUCGUGAUUUACAACUGCUCUUAUGGACGUUGGUGUUGUUCGCAUUGCAGAAAUUAUGCGAAUCCUUAUUUGGACCACCAUCGCGACGUAUUGUAAAUGCGCCAUAUAUUAUUGAAAUGCUCGUCUUUCACACAUUUAUGACGGCUGGUUUCUUGUUCGUUCAGCUCGUCUCGUUCUUCGGAUGGGCUGCUCAAAUGCCGCAAUUUAAAAGAGAUGAAAAUGCAUUCGAGCUGCUUCAACCGUGCUUAUUGCGUGCAAUUAAUAAGAAUGCAAUGUGUUUUUUCAUCAUAGCGAAUGUCUUAACUGGUGUAGUGAAUAUGCUCGGCAUACCGUCAAAAUACAGUGGACAAUAUCAAUCAACUGCGUGUAUUACAUUGUAUAUUUUAAUUGUUUGUGCAUCCAUUUUUGCUUUAUCGAAGAGACGGAGGAGUUAA